AUGCCUUUUACACUCACAGAAGCACACGUCCGAGGGUUUCUAGACCCAGCAAGUCGUGGCGAUUGGGUUCCUUUCGUGACAGCCAUUGAUCCAAACGUUCGCUGGACCAUCGGAAGUCUGAGAGAAGACUUGACUUGUUGCACUGGAGUUUUCAACCUCCAAGACUGGCUAGAGAAAGUUUCGCCUCCCAUGCAGGCACGACUACAGGGCGCGCUGGAGAUGAAGAUUGAAGCACUGGAUGUUAUCGGUAACAAAGCGAUUAUAGAAGCAACUGGGUUUGCUGUGCAGAAGAAUGGGAAUCCAUAUGACCAGAUGUACUGUUGGAUUAUGAAAUUUGAUGAUGAGACGGGAAAGGUCGUGGUGAUCAAUGAGUAUUUGAAUACGGCGUUGGUCAAGGAGGUGUACGAAACGAAUACAGUGUAA